AUGAUAAUCUCUGCAAAUGGUAAAACCAGAUACACAGAUAUAUUGCGCAAAAUAAAAGCCGAUCCGGCACUCGAGAACUUUGGGAAAAAUGUUCGCCGAAUUCGCAGAACACUUAAAGGAGAAUUGCUGCUAGAAAUUUGCAGCUCUGACAGAGAUGAGACAGACGUAUUCAACGAUCUAGUUGGCAAAUCUCUAGGAGAAAGUGCUAAAAUACAAACAAAAGUUAGUGAGACGUUAAUAGAGUGCAAGGACCUCGACGAAAUCACAACGAUGGAGGAUAUUUGUGCUGCACUGAAGGACCAACUUAACGUACCGGCCUUGGAGGAAAAUGUGGUUAAGAAUAUCCGAAAAGCCUACGGUGGUACACAAACGGCUAAAAUUAGCAGUCCAGAUGCGCUUGCCCAAAAAGCUCUAGAAAUGGGAAAGCUCAAAAUUGGAUGGUCGGUCUGUCGUGUACGAGAAACCAUCGUACUCAAAUGUUGUUUCAGAUGUCUAGAAUUCGGACAUAUAUCUAGUAGCUGUAACAGCAGUGUGGACAGGUCAAAACUGUGUCGUAGAUGUGGUGAAGCAAACCACUUUGCAAAGGAACCUAAAUGUAUGUUUUGUGUAGCUAAUAAUCACCUCGAAACUGGACAUAUGGCCGGUAGCAGUAAAUGUCCGGUGUUUAAGAAGGCGCUUAGCUCUCUUAUAAGAUGA